GCACAUUAAUUCAGUCAUUGUAGUUGAUUGUGAAAGUGAAACAAAAGAAACGUGCAAGAAUUCAUUACGCAGAUGAACUUAAUUAUCAAGUAAUUCAAACUAUGAAAAGUAUCUUUACAAUUUUAUUUUUAUUUGUUAAAUUAACUUUGUCAACAAAAAACAAUGUUGUGUUUAUUGUUAUCGACGACUUGCGCCAUCUAUCUGACAUUGAUGUACAUUUACCAAACCUAAAAAAACUGGCGGCAAACAGUGUAAACUUCAAAAAUACUUUUGCACAGCAAGCGCUCUGUGCUCCAAGUCGUAAUUCCUUACUUACUGGUCGUCGACCAGAUGCACUGCGGCUGUAUGACUUUUAUAAUUACUGGAGGCAUACAGUAGGUAACUUCACAACAAUCCCUCAGUACUUCAAAGAAAAUGGUUACGAAACUUUUUCAGUUGGGAAGGUGUUCCAUCCAGGAAGAAGUUCAAAUUUUUCGGACGACUAUCCUUACAGCUGGUCGCAUUAUCCCUAUCAUCCACCCACAGACAAAUUUAAAGACAGGGCCGUAUGCUGGGACGCAAGUACUAAAAAAUUUCAAAGAAAUAUAAUCUGUCCUGUGGAGGUCAAAGAUCAGCCAGGAAAAUCUUUACCUGAUAUACAAACUCUUGAUUACGCAGUUAAUAUAUUGAAGAGUAGAAAUACCACCAAACCAUUUUUUCUGGCUGUCGGAUUCCAUAAGCCUCAUAUUCCUCUAAAGUUUCCAAAAAAAUAUCUUAGAAAAGUCCCACCAAUAGCUAAGACGCAUUUACCAAAGUUUCCAAAUAUACCAAAGGGCUUACCAUUAGUAGCUUGGCAUCCCUGGACCGAUGUGCGCCACAGAGACGAUAUCGCGCGCCUCAACAUCUCGUUCCCAUUUGGCACAAUGCCCCACAAAUGGACGUUAAAAAUCAGACAAAGCUAUUUCGCAGCAGCCCGAUAUAUUGAUGACUUGGUGGGGGCAUUGAUGAGCUACGUCAACUUGAGUAAUACUGUAGUGGUAUUGACUAGUGAUCAUGGGUGGUCACUUGGAGAAAAUGGCUUAUGGGCAAAGUACAGUAAUUUCGACGUGGCUUUAAGGGUUCCUUUGUACUUUAUUGCCCCUGGAAUAGAACCUAAAUCAGUGCGUAAUCCUGUCGAGCUAGUAGACAUUUUUCCAACACUUGUUCACCUGUGCGAACUCCCCGAUAAUAUUCCAAAAUGCAAAAGCGUUGUAGAUAAGUCAGUGCUAUGCUUUGAUGGGAAAACUUUACAACCCCUCAUGAAAUCGAGAUUAAGGUAUCAGAAAGCCAACAAAUAUAUUGCAAUUAGUCAGUAUCCUAGGCCGAGUGUAACUCCUAGAGCCGACUCAGAUAAGCCACGCCUCAAAGAGAUAAGAAUUAUGGGGUAUAGCAUAAGAACAAACAGAUUUAGAUACACAGAGUGGAUAUCAUUUAAUAUCACGUUAUUUACAAGAGACUGGAAUAAAAUUUAUGGCUUAGAGCUAUACGAUUAUCUUAAAGAUCCAGAUGAAACAAAUAAUCUGUCCUUAUUACCAGAUUACAGAGUCACUAGAAAAUAUUUAUCAAAAUUGUUAAGGUCUACUUUAAGUUAACUUCAAUUGAAAUUUAGUUACAUACAUAGCUGGGCACCGUUAAUCAAAUAGUUAACUUCGUUAAUCGUUAAUCCGUUACUAAAAAAAUUAACUUCGUUAAACGUUAAAACGUUACAUUUCGGAAGAUUUAACGCAAGUUAACGUUAAUCGUUAAUCCGUUAACAUGUGAUAUUAAGACGAAUAAAAUACCAAUAAAUUCGAAAGCUUGUAUCCUCUGUAGAAUUUAUUCCUCUUUUAUGUUUGCGCUACAAGCUUUUCAAAUUAUUUGAACCUUGCAUAAUAUAAAUUGUGGAUUUUUAACUUCUUAAUUAAGAAAAUAAAAAUCUAAAAAAAAACAUAUGAUGUACAUUACUAUAAAAACUACCAACGAAAAUUGUUUUGAACGAGAUCUAGUAAGUAGUUUUUUUUUAUUACCUCGUAAAUCGUAAACCGCUUACCUAUUACCGCGUAAUCUUUCAUACAAAUAACUUAAAUUUAAAAAAAAAUAUAUUAAUCAAUGGUACCUUUACCUUUGUGCGUGAGUCCGACACGUACUUGGCCGGUUUUUUUUUUCGUUUUAGUACAACUGCAUUUCAGAAUAAAAGCUUGUUUUUAAAAAAGUUUUUUAAAUUAUAGUUUUAUUAUACAAGACAAAUCCAACAAACCCAAACUCGAUAAAUUUCCUCCGUUUCGUUUAGGAAUUCCUAUGGCCACCUCCUGACUCCAUCAUCAGGACCCUGGACAUCAUCUAGUACUAAAGUGCUCAAAAAGAUAAAUCCAACGAACCCAAAUUCGAUGCGAUUCCGCCGUUUCAUUUAGGAGUUUCUAUGGCCGCCUCCUGACUCCAUCAUCAGACCAGUUCAAUGGUACCAUAACUGUAGGCGAUGUAGGUCGAUGGGUGAACGUAGGUGAUAAGAUGAAAUGAAAAGUCUAGGUAGGAAUAUUGAAAAUCGAGUUCGACGACGAGACGACUGGCGGCUCUCGGCCGCGUGUGCGGCGCGGUGAGCCGCUAGAAGCUUCUGACCAUAAAAGGAUAGAGGCCUCCGGCCAAUCAGCGGGCCGCAUUGCUAACGGCUAGCUUGGAAUGUUCUAGGCGCGCGAUAAUAAUAUUACCUACGCGCGCACCCAAAUUCGCUUCUUAUUAUUUAAUGAUCCAAAAACACAUACACACAGUGUAAGUUCGACAUAAUGGUCAAUAACAGUGUACAUUAUUAUUAUUACGAUGUAAAUAUACUCAUAGGUUAUUAACAUUCAUACAUAUUUAGUUAAUAGAUCCCAAGCUACGUAAGUUUACUAGUUAUUUAAGGAUUAAAUUAAGGAGAAAAUUAAAAUUUAUUUAUUUUGGUUACAUAAAAAAAUCUUAUGUAGGUAAGUACUUAUUUUGGCCUUAAUGGAAUGAUGUUUAUUCAAAAAUUCGUUAAAAUACCUCUGCGCUUGCAAAAAUCUUUUAUUUCAAACGUAGCAACGAAACGAAGCAAAAAAGUUGACCGCGCUAGUGUUGUAAGUAAGAACCUCGAGUCUUAAGUCUUUGUUUCGAGACUUGAGUUUAUUUUUAAGACUUCACAUGAAUCAUUGAGCCUUCCGAGUCCUUUCGAGUAUUUUAAGUUCUUUGAGCUAGACUGAAUCAUGACAUGAACUUGAGUUGGUGUAUACUAAUAGGCAAUAAUGAGUGAUUUCAUAUCAUCAUCCGUAUGUUAUAUCCUGAUUGAAAAUAAAAUAAAUCGCACAAUACAAAUGUAAUAUCAAUCAAAUUGCAUUAAACGCAAAUAAUCGAAUCAGAAGUAUCCAUCUAAAGACUGACGAUUUUCUUAAUCAAAAAGUUAAAACGGUCCAAUAAAAUAAUAAACACACAGUCCUUAUUCAUUGCUAUUUUAUUUUCUUCAAACUUUUAAUAAGUAAGAUUCCAAGACUCGAGUGUCGUAUCGUACAACACUAGC